AUGGAUAGGAUAAUGCGCGCCAUCGCCGUUCUCCUUGCGGUCAUUGCGCCCCUCACCGCGGCCCUCAAAUUCGAUCUCCACCCCGUUUCCGCGCACGACGCCGCAAAGUACGAGCGAUGCGUCCGCAACUUUGUCGCAAAAGAACAGCUCGUAGUUGUCACAGCAAUCCUGGACGGAUACAGGGGUGAUGGCCAGAAGGUCGACAUGCACAUCCGCGAUGCAAUGGGCAACGACUACCAUCGCCCCAAGGAUGUUGUCGGCGAGAACCGCUACGCCUUCACCUCGCACGCCGACUCGGCCUUCGACGUUUGUUUCGAGAACGUGCUCACCGGCGCACAAAAGAGCACCGGCCCGCGCCACGUGGAGUUGGACAUCGAUAUUGGCGCCGACGCAAAGGACUGGAGCGCCAUCCAGGCUGGAGAGAAGCUGAAGCCCGUGGAGCUGGAGCUCAGGCGUAUUGAAGAGGUUGUCGGCGAGAUCGUCACGGAGAUGGACUACCUGAGGGUACGCGAACAGAAGCUGAGAGAUACAAACGAAAGUACGAACGAGCGCGUCAAGUGGUUUGCGUUCGGCACGAUGGGCAUGUUGGUCGGCCUAGGCGCCUGGCAGGUUGUCUACCUCAGGGCCUACUUCAGGAGCAAGCACCUCAUCUAG